AGCCUUCGCGGAGGCGCUACCGUCCGCGCCGCUGAUUGGCUGCGCCCGGCCGCAUGCCCGGAAGCGCCGAGCGCGCGAUGGGGAAGAAACAGGCGCCAGGACUGGGGCGCUCCCUCCGUGGCGGCGGCCGCCGCCGGGCGGGCGAGGCGGGAUGGCGCCACACGAGCGAGCUGAGCGAGCAGGGCCGCGGCCCCCCGCCGCAGUCGGUGACGGAGCAGAGCCCGCUGGAGGCCUUCCUGGCGGCGGCGGAGCUGGCGGGCGCCGCGUUCGCCGCAGAGAAGCUGAACGCGCGCCUGGCCCCCGGCCGCGGGGCUGCGGAGGAGGAAGCCGGCCGGCCGCAGAAGGAGGAGGAGGAGGAGGAGGAGGAGAAGCGGGUCCUGCGCAUCCCGAGAAGGCCGCCAUGGGACGAACAAACAAGCCCUGCAGCAUUGAACCAGGCCGAAAGAGACAGCUUCCUGAGGUGGAGGAGGCAGCUUGCUUGGCUGGAGGAAGAGGAGAGCCUCCUGCUGACCCCGUUUGAGCGAAACUUGGAUUUCUGGCGUCAGCUCUGGCGAGUCCUGGAGAGAAGUGAUGUUGUGGUUCAGAUCGUGGAUGCCAGGAACCCCCUCCUGUUCAGAUGCCCAGAUCUGGAACGCUACGCCAAGGAAAUCAGCCCGGAGAAGGAGAACCUCAUCCUCCUCAACAAAGCGGACCUGCUGGGGGAGGAGCAGCGCUUGGCCUGGGCCCGGUUCUUUGAGCGGGAAGGAGCCCACGUGGUCUUCUGGUCGGCCUUGGCAGAGGGGAACCGGCUGGGGGCCAACCCCAAGGAGCUGGAAACCGUGGAAGCGGCCAGGCCGCUUGGCCGGGGGCUCAGCCUGAAGGAGGAGCAGAGCGCCCAGGGAGGGAGCCCCUCCGGCACCCAGCAGGAGAGCGACACAGAGGAGGAAGAUGGUGACGUGUACGAGGACUGCGAGGAGGAGGAGGAGGAGGAGGAAGCCUGGCUGACCUGCUCUGAAGAUGGGGAGCAAGAGAGCCCCCCUGUGCCUGUGGGGAGAAGCAGGCCUGAGCUCUCCCAACCAGCCCCGCCCGUCCGAAACAGCAGCCGCCUGGUGCAAAGGGAGGAGCUCCUGGAGGUAUUCAGAGCCGCCCACGCUGGGAGGAAGAAGGUCAGAGAGGGAGAGCUGACCGUUGGCUUGGUGGGCUACCCCAACGUUGGGAAGAGCUCGACCAUCAACACCCUCCUUGGGAAGAAGAAGGUGUCUGUCUCCGUCACGCCAGGACGCACGAAGCACUUCCAGACGCUGUUCGUGGAGCCCUCCCUUUGCCUCUGUGACUGCCCUGGCCUGGUGAUGCCCUCCUUCGUCUCCACCAAAGCCGAGAUGGUUUGCAGCGGCAUCUUGCCCAUCGACCAGCUGCGUGACCACGUGUCCCCCGUCAGCCUCAUAUCCUUCCUCAUACCCAUGGCUACGCGGGGGGGCAUGAGGGGCUUCAUGACGGACCAUGGGCAGCCAGACCAGCCGCGCUCGGCCCGCCUGGUGCUGAAGGACUAUGUCAAGGGCAAGCUGCUCUACUGCCACCCGCCUCCGGGCACGGAUGCCCAGCUCUUCCAGCGGGGGCUCCAGCGGCUUCACCCCAGCAAAGGGGGGGCAGCAGCACAGCGUAAUGGGGAGCAGCCGCCUGGCAGGGGCGCCAAGGCAAAGCAGGCGGAGAACCCGGUGGAUGCGGCCUUCUUCCGCCAGGAGAAUGUCCAGGCCCUGACCAGAGGCAACCGGGCCGGGCUGGGCUACCCAGCAGGGGCGGCUGCCCACUCCCCUUCUGGGCCUGGCUUGGCCGAUGGAGCCGGGAAGCCGUGGAAGAGACACGGGAACAGGAACAAGAAGCAGAAGCUGCGCCGCCUCACCAGGCACCUGGAGGCCUGAUGGAAGCCGGGGCCCUCCGAAAUAAAGGAGGUUUACCUUCAUGGCGUCUCCUGGUCACUUGGCCUUUGUCGUCUCCUGAAUCAUCCUUCACGGAUAGAGACGGACACCGAUUGGCUGCCGGGGCUGGCUGGCUCUGCCCGAGGGGGGGGGGGGGGGGGGGGGGGAGGGAUGGUUUUUUUAUGGGGUUUUUUAUUAUUAUUAUUAUGAGCUGGAUAUAUAAAUGUCAUCAGCUGCCAGGAGUCGCCUCCGAUCUGUGAUGUAACUUGGCUAAAUAAAACAAAGGCAACGCUGAGAGCUGCCUGUCAGCA